GCGUGAUGAUUGUAAGAAAUACCCUCUCUGCUUUCAAAACUGUCAUCGUUUGUGUCGAUUACAUUACCGGCGAAAUUAACAAGCUCGUGACGUCAUAGAUCAAUUGACCACACGGACGUUGUGUUAUAUUUUGUGUGUGACAGGAAAACGAUAAACGUAAACAUUGCUCCAGGCGAGAGAAUAGUUGUCGCUUUUAUUAGGGGCUGACUUUGCACACGUGUUGGCUUUGAUUCCUCCGAAGAUACUCUCGUGUUUCAAUGGCCAGAUGAUUGCUCAAAAGCAACGUAAAGGGAGAUAAUGCGUGAAAAUGUAACUGUCGAAAUUGGUGAGUCGCCAACUAAUGUCUCCCAGACCAAAUGGCAGGAGUUCUGGAGUUGGAAGACCCGAUAUCAACUCUGCGCCAUUUGCGUGGUUCCUUUCGUCUUGAUCUUCAUUGGUUGUGUGCUCCUAGGACUGCACUGGUCUGGAUCUUUUACAAAAGGCUCCAGCCAAGCUGUGCUCACUUGCGGAAUGGUUUCAUUUUUUAGCGGCUUCCUCGUUUGUGUUAUCGCCAAUUUCUGCGACGCCUGUGGCGUAACAUGCAGCAAUCACGAUGAAGUGAACAGCAACGACGCGCAGAACAACACCAUGUUUCUAGACUUGAGUGAACUUGGACCAAGGCCAAACGAUCCCGAAUUCGACGACGAUAAAUCGGAAAACAGUCCCCAAACAGAGGUGGACCUAUUUGAAAACCAUUCGGAACCCCAGAGAAAAUAAUUCAUCAAUAUCACCAUGAGUUAUUUCUGUUUACUGCAUAUCCGAUGACAGUUUAUUUUUGAUCACGCAAAGAGAGUUCAAUUUGGAGUUUUAGCUGAUAAACCUUUGAAAAUAAUCAUCCUGAUGUGCAAGCCGUGAAAUAAACCACUCGACCUCUGUUUUCUAGAAAUGUUUGCCAUUCGUGAACUAAGUUCAUAUUCUGUGGUGCGUUUUUGUUGUGAAUAGAAAGGUUGCGCAAUAGCAACUACAGCUUCCGUUUCGUCUGACAAAAAUUGAUGAAUAAUAUACAAUUUGUCUCUUAUUCCAAAGAAAAAUUCAAUACUUUAAGAGGUAGAAUGAUGUAAAUAUUAAAAUUUUGACAUUGAGGACAUCAAUUCAAACAGUAAGACAUAAAAUCAAGUUUGUAAUGCUUUUAGAUAUUUACGGUAAUUUACAUUCUAGCAGCCGCGAAUACGUUUACGAUUCGCACGUGAAUAAAUUAUUCUAAUUUAAGUGAAAAUAAAUGUCUUGUCUAGU